CUCGUAGAUUUCUACAGCGCCUCUGCCCCUUUCGGCCUUGCUCCAUGGGACUCCUUGCUUGCGGCGCCCACAAGACAACAACAACAAAAACCAGAACAAUUGACUCGAUCGUUGCACCAUGGUGAGGGAGUAAGUCAGAGGGUUCUAUUCAUUUCAGUUUCUAUAUUAUAUAGCUAGCUAGUUUGUAUCUUGGGGCAUUCAGGAUUGGACUGUUGACACUCAACUUCCAGAGGAUUUGUUGGGGUUUCACCACAACUGGGAGCGCUUUUGUAUUGUGGGAACGGAAACAAGGAAGUUCCAUUCAUUCAUUCAGUCAUUCAGAACCCAGUAGUCUAGAAACACGACCUGUCAAUCUGUCACUCCUCCAUCGCACUUGUUUCGACAAGACAAAGACCAUGGCGACCACAGCAACAUCCACCAUAGCAACGACAACGACAACACCGCUGGAAGAGACGCGGAAUCAACAUCGCGACAAGGCGACGGUAUUGCUCCGAUUGGCGGAAGCAGUGGAAGACUCGAGUCAACGCCGUCGUCGUGGGAGUACUGUGACGGUGACAGCGGCGGAUUUGUCUCAGUUGUCCUACGACUUGACAGUGGCAGCCUCGGAGAUUCCUUCGAGUAGUCAGACCAGUCCUCUUGGUGCACCAGAAGAGAUUACCAGUGUGGACCAAGUCCAAUCAACCAUUCAAAAUGUCGUUCAGGCAGUCUACCAGUUGCGAGAACAUUCGCACUUGAAGUAUCAAAUGCUGGAAAUGAAAUACUUUGAUUUGAAGCGACAUGCCUUUGAUGUCGAACAUCAGAAUCGAAAAUUACAAAUGAUGCAAGUUCCCCCCAAUCAUACCAACAAUACAACAAUCAUUCAUCCAUUGUCAAUAAGCAGCAGCAACAAUAUUCAUCAACAAGAAGAAUUGACGGCCCAAUUGCAACAGGAAAAUUACGAUUUGCGCAAGCAGCUACGAGAAUCUUGUUUUGACUGUCGUAAACUGGUUCAAGAAAACUAUGGACUCCGUAAAAUACUAUUGGAUGCUGGAGUCCAUUGGAAUGUGCUUACUACUAGCAAUAGUAGUCAUGCGGAAGAAAGCAAGGAAGGAGAAUCCAAAAUGGACGAUGACAACUCCGAAACAAAAGAAGACGAUUUUGAAGAUGCACAAGAGUAUAUCGAUACGACAACAACAACAGCAACACUGUCCGUUCCUGAAGACGAAGCACCAAAAGAGAUGCCCACAGCGACAGCCACAACCCAGAAUGUUGUUGAACCGCCAACAACAACAACAACAGAACCGCACGAUCUUCCGGAGGCCGAAGAAUUCCAGGAUGCCGAAGAAGAGUUGAACAUAAGCACAACGCCAGAGGAGGUUGUUUCCAAACCCCCCACCACUCCCGAACGGACCGUCUCCACAGGGUCCACCGAUAGUCUCAUGACUCUGGAAUCAUCACACGCUACCACUCCAACUGAAGUGUCGCCGCCAACAACCAACACGGAUAAAGCGCCCCUGACGACUCCAUCGCCGGCAUCAACUACGACCCCCAGUAGUAGUGGCACUACCAGGAGCAAGAGAAGCAGUCGCAAAUCUGUCACGUUUGCCAAAAUGGCCACCAAACUAAAGAAUGAUCGAAGAACAUCCAUUACAAGUUUGGAUUCGUCCAAUGGCAACAUGUCCUUCAAUGCGUCCUUCAAUUCCAUUCAGAGUCACAACGACAAUGAUGAAUCCGUUGCCACUUCCAACUCGGCCAGAACCAAUGCCACCAAUGCGAGACAGGAAGAACUGGAAAAGAAAACGCAAGAACAACACGAUCGCAACUUGGAAUUGCUCGGUGUCGGGGGUAUUUAUGCGGCGUCCUCCACUACGCCCACUCGGGAACCGCACAAAGGGGUCAAACAGGAGAGCAGGCUGCAGCAACCGCCGCAAAUAAGACGCAAAUCCUAUCAUCAUACUGCCAAUAAUAAACCCAUGACAUCCAUAUCGGUUUCAAAGGAGCGACGACACAGUCAUGGGGAUAUACUGCGGCAAAACAAUAGCAAUCACAGCCACCGACAGGCAUUGACCGCCAAGGAACUCAUGAGCAAGACCAAGAAGAGUGACAAAAAGCGAGGUUCAGGAGCACGCAAGACCUUUCACAUUCAAAUGUCCGCCAUGACACCACCCCGAUCGUCCCAAAUUAUGCAGGCAACCGAACCACUUGAUCCACUCGAAGAAGAAAAACGAUUGAGUGCCCUGCUGGGGGGAUUUAGCAUGGGAAAUCAUUUUGUGCCAACCACAUCCACGGCAACAACCACAACAAGUACGGCACGACGCGACAAUAGCUCGGACGACGUAUCGGUGGCAUCCUCGAAGAGCUUUUUUCGACGUCGAAAAAGCAAGAAAUGGAGCAGCAAAGAAAGUGACAAUGACGACGAUGAUCAGCGAUCCGUGGGAUCGACCAAGUCGUUGAGCAAAUUCUUCAAGAAAUCGCCGUCGCGCAAGAGUAGUAGUAGUAGUAAGAAAUCAGAUGAUCGAUCCGUGGGUUCCAACCGGUUGUUUUAGUUCAACAACAAAGAGCUCUCGACUCGACGCAAGAGCAACAACAACAACACGACGGAAAACCUACGAACUGCAAGAGCCACUGGGACAAGGAAACACGAGAGUGAACAAACGUCAAUUUUUAGUUAAGUAACGCCGCUACAAUUACCAUACCAAGACAACCAAAAAGACUGGGAGAGACCACAAUCAGCAAUCGUGCAAACCAAGCCAAUACAUAAUCAUAGCUGAGUUGUCGCCUCAUGCAUACAAUACAAUAGCACCACCGCAAAGAUAUACCGGCAGCAGCGUAGCGUCUAGCUAGCUAUAUAGCAGGGAGAAGACUCAUGGAUUCGUGCCAUCGGGCGUGUAGUGUGCAUGUUCGUAGCUCAUCAAUGCAAAGAACUGAGAAGGCUCUCCCAUGAGAGGUG